AUGUUGGAGCAUUUGUCCCGCAGGAAUCGGUCCUUGCUGUCUCUCUCGCUGACCUCUCUGGCCCUAGCGCUCUCUGUUUUGGCCUUCUGCACCUCAUACUGGUGCGAGGGGACACACAAAGUGGUCAAACCUCUCUGCCUGUCGCCUGUCAAAAUGAAGAACUGCGGACAGAAUAACAGCCAGCCUUACACAGCUGAGGUCCCAACAGCAGACCCCAAAAAAACAGAUUCCAAUGUGACAAUGUCCCCCAAGCAGAAGGAGGAACUGGACCGUAUGAGAGCCAAAAAUCUGGCAAAUGCAGUUCACUACAUCUGGGAGACGGGAGAAGACAAAUACAUGCAACGCUACUUUCACACUGGCUUCUGGUUGUCCUGUGAGAAACACAAUGAUGGUGCUGGUGAGAAAUGUCGGAGCUUCAUUGAACUGACUCCUGGAGAAACACAAGGAGUUCUGUGGCUCUCAGUGAUAUCAGAGUUCGCAUACAUCAGCCUCCUGGCGAUGGGUUUUCUUCUGAUGUGGGUGGAAUUGCUGCUCUUGUGUCUGAAUAAGGACAUGUAUGCGCUCAAGAUCAAUGCUUUUGCUGCCAUCUGCACUGUGCUAUCUGGAAUGAUGGGAAUGGUGGCACAUAUGAUGUAUACAACAGUAUUCCAGAUGACUGUCAGCAUUGGGCCCAAAGACUGGAGACCUCAGACGUGGGACUAUGGCUGGUCAUUUGCCAUGGCAUGGAUCUCAUUCAGCUGUUGCAUGGCAGCAGCUGUAUUCACCCUGAACUCGUACACCAAAACUCUCAUUGAGAUGAAACACCGUGCCCGGAUCCGUCUGGAGGAGGCUCGUGCUGCCAGCCACGCACCGCCCUAUGAUGAGGUCAUUACAACCAGUGGUGGGAGCCUCUACUCCGUCAGCCGGCUGGUUCAGCAAUGCCAGAAGGGUGCGUUUAUCGACACCACGUGGAGCCCCAGGGAUGAAGUGUCUUGUGGGGGUAUGGUGGGGUCAAAAAGUCCUCAUGGACUGGUACUGAUGGGGGGGUGCGGGAGAGAGGGAUGCGAGGACUGUGAGAGAGAGAUGGAUGAGGUGGAAGAUGCUUUAGAGAGGGAAGGGAAUGAUGAAAUGUGCUGAGGAGAACAACUACAGAAAGUCCUUCAUCAGCAGCAGCAUUAUCAGUGAAAACAUUUAAAUGCAUAUCAUUUUCUAAUGUAGAUCCAUAUUUUGAUUAGGCCUUUAAAAAAUGAUGCUUACAUGCUCCGCAGGUGUUGGAAUAUCCCUGUAUUCCUGAAUCAGCAUGUUAGAAAUGAUCUUGCCAUUUAUUCUGAG